GGGAUUUUCACUCACAGGACAUCACCAAGGACACCAGGCAAAGAGAGCUAAACAUUUUCAUCCUAUAGAUUCUGUCAAAUUCAUUUCCUAAAAUGGAAGAAGCCAAAAGCCAAAGUUUGGAGGAAGAUUUUGAAGGACAGGCCACACAUACAGGGCCCAAAGGUGUAAUAAAUGAUUGGAGAAAGUUUAAACUAGAAAGUGAAGAUGGUGAAUCAGUCCCACCUAGUAAGAAGGAGAUCCUCAGGAAAAUGUCUUCUCAAAGUAGAGAUGACAAAGAUUCAAGAGUCCACAGAAAGAUAAGCAUACAAGAAUAUGAACUUAUCAAUCAAGACAAAGAAGAUGAAAACUGUCUUCGCAAAUAUCGGAGGCAGUGCAUGCAAGAUAUGCAUCAGAAGCUGAGCUUCGGGCCUAGGUACGGGUUUCUGUAUGAGCUGGAAACCGGGGAGCAAUUCUUAGAAACGAUUGAGAAGGAGCAGAAGAUCACCACGAUUGUUGUUCACAUUUAUGAAGAUGGCAUUAAGGGCUGUGAUGCCCUAAACAGUAGUUUAACAUGUCUUGCAGCAGAAUACCCUAUGGUCAAAUUUUGUAAAAUAAAAGCUUCCAAUACAGGUGCUGGAGACCGCUUUUCCUUAAAGGUGCUUCCCACACUGCUUGUCUACAAAGGUGGGGAACUUAUAAGCAAUUUUAUUAGUGUUGCCGAGCAGUUUGCUGAAGAAUUUUUUGCUGGGGAUGUGGAGUCUUUCCUAAAUGAAUAUGGAUUACUACCAGAGAGAGAGAUACAUGCCACAGAGGAUACCAACAUGGAAGAAGAUAUGGAGUAAAGAGUCACUAGAUUGGUAUCUCAUAUUUAUCCUUUGCACACUGAACACUGAAUUUGGUAGUAUCCAUAUUCCUUUAGAGAAUAUUAAAUACAGACAUGGGUAUUGUAAUUUUGAAAAAAAUUGACACCAAAGUUGUGUUUUUAGCAUUAGUUAUUCAAAUUCAUAGAAUGCUUUACUACAAAAGCACUGUAGGGUUUAGCAGUAUCACUAAUAAACAGAGAGGAUGUAGAUAAUACCUGUAUAUUGCUUUUCGAAAUCCCUUCCAAGUUAUGUUAUUUUUUUAUUUCUUGCCUUUUUCCUGCUGUUAUUUUAUUUGUCCCUUUCAAACUAGGUUAUUCAUUGUAAGUUUGCUUCUGUAACAAGAA